AGCGUGUGAACUAACAUGGCCGCUCUUCUGGUGAAGAAAAACGAGGUUCUGCUGCUGCUGGGGCAGAUCGACAGCGACACGUUCGAGUGCCAGGUGGGGGACAGCAAGGGCCGGGUACAGAAAGCCUGCAUGAAGAUCAUCACUCCUCUGUUUGAUGCCUCUGACUAUGAGCAGGAGGCACUUGGCAGAGGUCAAACAUAUAAGGGUGGAUCUGGAUUACAGGUGCAGGCGCUGCAUGAUUUUACCGCAGAGAGUGCUGAGGAACUGAGCCUACGGACAGGCGACAUUGUAUCCAUGGUGGAGCAGGUGGACAGUGACUGGUACCGUGGUAUCUGUAGGGGGCAGUCUGGCUUCUUCCCAGUCAACUAUGUGAAAGUUCUGUCUAAUGUUCCCGUGCCAUCAAAAGGGAAGACAGUGCGGUCACCAGCGCCUGCUGUGAGUGGGCCAAGGUGCGUGGCCCGUUUCGACUUCGAAGGGGAGCAGAGCGACGAGCUGAGCUUCUCCAAGGGGGACGUGAUCCGGCUGAGAGAGUAUGCGGGGCAGGAGUGGGUCCGGGGUGAGCUCAGGGGCCGCACAGGCAUGUUCCCCCUCAAUUUUGUGGAAAUCGUGGAGGACCUGCCCUCAUCCCCGGCCCAGCCAUCCCCUCAGACGAAGAUGAAGCUCCCUGGCAUGGAUUCUUCAUCUAAGAGCCAAGGGAAGCCCACUAAGCCGGAGCCUGCGGGGGGCCAGUGGGCGGUGGCCCGGCACGACUUCACGGCCGAGACGGAGCAGGAGCUCUCCCUCCGGCAGGGAGACCGCGUCCUGGUCACGGAGCACGUGGACGCCGACUGGUGCUCCGGCAGGCUCCGCGGCAAGGACGGCAUCUUCCCCGUGGCAUUUGUGGAGUUCUGCACAGGCCCUUCUGUCGAGAUGGAGGGAUCCCCUGGAAUGAGACGAGCUCAAGCCUUGUAUGACUUCACCUCUGAGAAUAACGAUGAGCUCUCUAUGACGGUCGGCGACAUCAUCACAGGCGUGGAGUCCGUGGAUGAGGAAUGGUUUGUCGGGGAGCUAAGGGGCAGACGGGGUCUGGUGCCAAAGAAUUACAUCCAGCUGCUGCAGGAAGGCUGAACGUGCGAUUAUGGCCAAAGGAACACAGACACUGGGAAUAGUUUUUUUUUUGACCUGGAGCUCUUGGGGAAGACUCUGACGGUGCGGCGUGAGACUGUGGGGCUGCACCUCAACGUCCAACCCACUGAAGUGCCUUCUACGACAUCGCAGUAUUUCCCAUGCAUAACGGACCCCCCCCCGGCACCCUCAUUCACACAGGCAGCAGUGCCGUGUGCAUAAAGACAAAUGCCAAAUGAAUCAGUUUAGAACAAGUAUCUAUUACAAUGUGGGGGUGUGCCCCCCCCAUAAUGGACACACCCACCCAAUGGGACACUUAUUUUUUGUGUGAUGCUGUAAACUGCCAUUAAGCAUCCCUUUUAUUUUCAAGACAUAGCUUCAUUAAUGACCAGCCACUAUUAGCAGUACAUGUAAGGCAAAGUGCCACUGAACUGAUAUGACAGCGCCCCCCUAUGGCUAGUGUUGUGAACAAUCUGACAGUAUUCCUGUUACUGAGUACUGAGCCCAUUUACCAUACGCCAUGUUUCUCAAGGCUGAUUGUUUUCACUACAUCUUGUUUUAAACGUUAAUUCUUUUCUUCUCGGGAUAUAUGCAAUAUUUAAAUGUCAAAAUUGCAGAAAGACAGCCUGACUUGUGAUUUCUGACACUGUUCUUAGUUCAGGAAUUGAAAUAAGGUGUUUUAUGCUGGUUCUCUAUGCUUUAAAGUAAAUGUCAAAUGUAUUUCUGUUUAACACUGCUCUGUUUGAAAUUACAAACUAGUAGUCAAGUGUAA